AUGUCGUCUGGAACCUCGUUUGCAGACCUCGCCCACCAGGCGUGGGACGCAGCUACGCAGGUAACUGGUCUCGCAUCCCUGAAUGAGAACUCUACUUCCGACUACGACGACAACAACAACGACGAAUCGCAGUCAGCAGAUGCCGGCGAUCCAGACAAGAACCCUUCUGACGACACGGUGCAGAGCCCUUCUCACGAAGGAGACUCGUACCGCGGAGCGCCGGGAAACCAUCCGAACGAUCCAAGUGCUCGCAUCAAUCAUCCAGAUGCCGUCAACGGUCAUGCCCACACAUCCCUCAAUGAGUCUCCUGCAAAUCCCAAAAUACGCAACCACGACUCGGACAAUGUACAGAAAGCGGAACAUAGCUCCUCUUCCUUCAAGCAUCCCCACUCGACCCAUCACAAACAUGACAUGGGUCAGGCCAUGAUUGAGCGCGCUCUCGGCGACGAUAGUCUCACCGCUCAGCGACAGGGCACCAUUUACGACAAGCAACUUGAGAACGAGAUGGACGGCUCGUACAGAAAUAUUCAAGAAGAAACCAAGCCCGUGUCCGCUGCAGCUGAACUUGGCCAGCCUGUUCACUCUGAACGAAACAGGCCACACGAUGGUCAAGUCCAUUCCGAGAGCGCCGAGAACAACUCAGAUGCGCAUCAGCCUCACGCUGCCAACCGCGGUCCAUCGUGGGCCUCCCGUCCCGAUGACAAGCAACGCGCCAAAAUCGCAAGGAUGAAGGACGAGCAGGCCAACGGCACAUGGAAACGUCGAUUCUCCAGCUUUGGCCCAUCCUCCUCCGAGGCACCCUCUACACCUACGCACAAGAACCCUGAAGAAAAGGAAAAGAGCGGCGGUCUUUUUGCUGGCAUAUUCGACUCGGAUUCCUCUUCACGCCCUGGUCUUAACAUCUUUGGCUCAGUCAGUGUUAAUCGAGCCAACACGGCUCGAAGCGGCCUCAACAAAGAUCACAAUGGUGAUGUCUCUACCAGCGCCGACCACAAACACACCCCAAACGCACUGCCUGCGUCCCGUCCCGGAGCCUCUCGUAACUCUAGCCAAUGGGCUGAAAAUUCCAACAAGUUGCGCACCGCUUUCGAACCGCCGACGCCGUCUGCUGAAGCAGCGUCUGAUGAUGCCAACACGCAGCAGAAAGAUAAGGCCGAUAUGCCGACCCCAGAGCUCUCACCUGAUGAUCAGAGACUUCGCGCCAUCACCAAAAUCAUGCUCGGUUCUGGCAAGGACAAGGACAGGCAAGAUCCCACCUCUCCCGCUGCAGCAUCACCAUCGGGCCUCAGCGGAGAACCACAGGCUCAGACACGAUGGGCUCAGCUCAAGAAAAAAGUCCGAGACUCUCAAAAGGUUAAGCAAGACCAGCAAAAGUCGAGCGCCUUCGGCAUCGAUCUCGCCAAGGAACUGCAGACCGGUAUCUUGCCUGUUUUUCUCCUCAAAAUGGCCGUGGAGCGCGACGAAGCCAAGCGUCGUCGCAUCCCUAUCCUGCUCAAUCACCUUCGUCUUCGUGUGACCGACAGCGUCAAUCCGAUGCACAACACACACGCCGUCUUCCGCAUCGAACUCGAGUACGGAGAUGGUCUUGUCAAGUGGGUCAUCUACCGAGAGCUUCGUGACUUUAUCAACCUCCACGCUCACUACCGAGCCGCUGCCCUUCGAGGCUACCUCGGCAGAUCUAUCGGCGGCAACUCGACCGAAGGCGACCUAGGUCUACCUAGCUUCCCCAAGAUGAGUCUUCCCUACUUCAAUCAGCUCCAGAGGCAGGGGAAGACCUCUCGCGCUGACUUUGCAAGGGCUCAGCGAGAUGCUCUCGAGAAUUACAUCAUCGAGCUCAUUCGACGCACGAUGUUCCGUGCCGAGGCCAAUCGGCUUUGCAAGUUCUUUGAGAUCUCAGCGCUUUCUGUCUCGCUUGCGAGCCGAGGUGGUCACCAGGGAAAGCAGGGCUACCUCCGCAUCUUAUCCCGCUCCUCGCGUAAAAAGGAUCAGAAGAGCGUGCUCACGCCAGCGCGAUGGGCCAAGGCCUAUGAGCCCAAGUGGUUCAUCGUUCGCGAAAGCUUCAUUGCCAUCGUCGAUCAGCUAGACAGUCUCCAGCUCUACGACGUCUUCCUCAUGGAUAACGACUUCAAAGUCGAAAGGCCUAAGCGUCUCUACAAGCAGACCAUGCACAUUGCCCACGGCCUCACUCAUAGCGACGACAAGAAAGCUGCAGAGGUUGAGAGCUCUGAACAGCCCGAGGCCUCCAAAGGCGCGAGCGGGAACGAAGCUUCAUACGAUCAAACGGCUCUCCUGACGGGGGGGCACUUUAAGGAUGUCGACCCCAACAAACGAGAAGAAGCGCACAGCGACGAGAGACAUGCCAGUAGCCAUACUUUCUACAUUCGCAAUGCUGAGAGGAAGCUUAAGCUCGUUGCCAAGAACGAGCGCAUGAUGGAGCAAUUUAUCGUCUCGAUGCAGAAAAUGGCUUCACGUAACAUUUUUGGUGGUACGAACCGCUUUGAGAGCUUUGCGCCAAUCCGCCUUAACGUGUCGGCACAAUGGCUCGCUGAUGGACGCGACUACUAUUGGAACCUGAGCAAAGCGCUCAUGAUGGCCAAAGAUCGUGUCUUCAUCCAUGAUUGGUGGCUCAGCCCCGAGCUGUACCUGCGUAGGCCAGGUCAUCCCAAGUGGAGGCUCGACAACGUGCUAAAAAAGAAGGCCGAGGAAGGCGUCAAGAUCUUUGUCAUCAUCUACAACGAGGUCUCGAACAACUUUACUCCCACCGACUCCAACUAUACCAAGCAACGACUCAUCGGUCUGCACCGCAACAUCUUUGUGCAGCGCUCGCCCAGCCACUUUAAGACCGGCACCUUCUACUGGGCGCAUCACGAGAAGCUUUGCGUUAUUGACGAGACCAUUGCUUUCAUGGGCGGCCUGGAUCUGUGCUUUGGUCGAUAUGAUACGCCUGCCCACGUGCUUGUCGAUGAUGCACUCUAUUACAAGCGAGAAGGAGAAUCCGAGUCAGACCACGGACUGUCCUCAAAGCCAGGAUACCUGGGCCCAGUCAAGGACGGUCGAGAAGCGCACAUCUGGCCGGGGCAAGACUACGCCAAUGAACGAGUCAUGGAGUGGCACACGCUCAGCAAGCCGGCCGAAGACCUUUUCGCGCGCGACAAAUUCCCAAGAAUGCCCUGGCACGACAUUGGCCUUCAACUCGUGGGUCAGCCGGCCCGCGAUUUGUGUCGCCACUUUAUUCAGCGCUGGAACUUUUUGCUGCGUAUCAAGAAUCACACUCGACAAAUGCCGUUCCUUGUUCCCCCUCCAGAUUUUACGCCGGAAGAGCUGCAGAAGUACGGUCUCACGGGCACUUGUGAAGUUCAGAUCUGUCGAUCAGCAGGCCCUUGGAGCUUGGGUACCACUAACAAGGUGGAGCACUCGAUCCAGAAUGCAUACCUCAAAUCGAUUCAGAUGAGCGAUCACUUUGUCUACAUCGAAAACCAAUUCUUCGUAACCUCGACCGUUAUGGAAGGCAACAAGAUCGAAAAUAAGAUUGGCGAGGCUCUUGUCAACCGCAUCAUCCGUGCUCACAGGGAAGGCACACCCUGGCGUGCGAUCAUUGUCAUCCCUCUGAUCCCAGGAUUUCCCAUGCCGAUCGACCACGCAGAUGCGUCAUCGGUGCGAUUGAUCGUCGAACUGCAAAAUCGAUCCAUCUCGAGAGGAGAGCACUCCAUAUUUGGCAAACUGCGCAGGGAGGGAAUCGAUCCCGAGCAGUACAUCAGCUUCUUUUCCCUGCGUACGUGGGGCAAAUUGCGUGGCGGUCAGCUGACCACCGAGCAGAUCUACUUACACGAUAAGAUCAUGAUCGUCGAUGAUCGCCUCGUGAUCAUUGGGUCUGCCAACAUCAACGAGCGUAGUCAGCGCGGCGAUCGUGACUCGGAGCUUGCUUCGGUGAUUCGCGAUCACGACAUGAUCGACAGCCGCAUGGGGGGCCAGCCGUACAAGGUGGGCCGUUUUGCACACACGCUUCGAAUGCGGCUUAUGCGAGAGCAUCUUGGAGUUGACGUCGACGAGCUCGAGGCCAAUGAGCGACGGAAUGCCGUUCAUAGUGACGAUGCCGAGUCCGAAUCCGAAGGCUCUUUCGAUGCGGAUGAUACUGAGCUGGCAGACUCGGACGAUGAGUGGGAUCCAGAUCAGGAGCAGAGCCACGGCGGACUUGAGAGGAAUGGCGACGCACAAUCUUCACCGGACGAUCUGGUGGAAGUGCCAACCAACAAGGAUGUUCUCAAGCACAAGGCAUCCAACCUGGCCGACCAAGGCAGCGGAACCGCCUCGACGGUACGUCGCCAGAUCAAAGAGACGCUCAAGGGCAGCAAGGAGAGGAUGGAGAUGGAGGCAGUGGGAACUCGAGCAGACCCGGCUUCCUCCGACUCGACCAACCACAACGAGAGGUAUCAAGCUGCACGUAUCGAGCGAGUUGCACAGGCGCUGCGCAGCCAAGAUACGGACAAAUUUGUCGACGGUCAGUAUGACAAUAGCUUGGAGCCAACACUGGAGGAAAAAUUGAUGGUGGAAGAUAGACUCGCUGUGAAUGGCAAAGCUCACCACUCUACUGAGGGCGAAACAAAGCGAGCGGGACAUGGAGGGCAGCGCCGAACCUCUGUGGAUUACCGUCAGCUGCUCGGCUCACUGAGCUCAUCCAGCCUGGGCCCUGAACGGGAGACGGACAUGCUGCGCCGCACGGGGCAGCAGCGAGGGCGUUUUCUCAGCGAUGGAGGAACGGACGAUGUGCAUCGAAAGGUGGCGAGUCGUAUGUCGAACGAUCUGUGGAAUCUGCCUGCAGCGUCGCUCGACGUUGACCCGAUGCAAUUCCAGGACCCAAUCGACGAUUCGUUCUACGUCGACUAUUGGCUCACUUGCGCUGUACACAACACGCAGAUAUUCCGUAAGGUGUUCAAAUGCGUUCCCGAUGACACGGUGACGACAUGGGCCGAGUACAAGGCGUUCGGUGCUUGGGCCGAUCGUUUGGCACGCUCAGGCAAAUUUGCCUCGAAAGAGUCGCGAUCGGAACGCGAUGCGCAAGCUCACAGCGUUCCCGGUGCCAGUGUAGGUGGACCCGUCGGACAGGUAAGCAACCGAGAGUCGACAUCGGAUGCCAAACAGGAAGACUCUUCACAAGUGCCUUCGACUUUGAGAGACGCUUCUUCCGCCGCACAAGGCCAAGGCCAGACUCAAAACGGUUCGGCCGCUGCUGGGGGACCACCCAAGGAGAGCAGGAAGGAGGUGGAGGGCUUUUCCAGCCGCGAGCUCGACCAGAUGGAAGCGAUGCUCGAGGAGUGCAGAGGAUCGCUGGUGCUGCAUCCAACUCGGUUCUUGGAGGCAGAAGACCACUCGAACAACUUUCUAUUCGCCAUGGAUCGCAUCAAUCCGUUGUUGAUCUAUGACUGA